CACCAUCCUAGAAAUUAACUGUUAAAUACCUGCAAAUUACAUUGAGCAUUUCUAGGAAUUUGUUAUAAAAUUAAAGGAUCUGUAAAAUAAAGCAGUACAUUCACUUGUGUUGGAAGACAGUGAAAACUGUUUAUUUUGGCGUUUGUGUGUGGGGACUUAUUGCUCUUAUGCCUACAAGCAGUCAUUAAUUCUGACUUCAAACACAAGUUUUCAAGGGAGAAUUCCUUAAAGUUGAGUUUUUUACUUGGAUUUGGCCACAUCCCCACCAAUGGCAGUGUGUUGUUAUGAUUCAAAAUCAGAAAUACCUCUAGAAGUCCGCCUCCCACCACCACUCUACUGGACCUGAGCACUCUUUUUGCUCUUUCAUCUCUUCUCGUCUCUAGGGCUCAGCUGACCUCUGUGCUUUGACCAUAUGUCAAGCCCUUCAUUAGACACCGCAAACCUCAAUUCACUAUGGUUACAAUCACACAUACACACACCCUGAAUAUUUAAACCAAUAGGAAUAGUGUGAAAGAGAGCAGUUCAGAGGAUAAUAAACCAGUGUUGGUUCGAACCACAGGUGGACCUCCAUGUAUGGCUUUUUCUAUCCAUAUAUAUGUGUGUGUGUGUGUGUGUGUAUGUGUGUGUGUAGUGAAGGGUUUUCAAAGACAUGCUUGCUGCUGGAUAAGUGGGGUCACAUGCAUGUUCACAUGUUCUGGUGUUUUUUGUGAUGUUGUAGUAGAUCAAGUUGAAGUUGAAGUUCAAGGUUGAAUUGGUAGGAGAGGUAAGAAAAGAAACAAAAGGGUAGACAGAAGAAAAGAAGCAACCAAGUUAGAAAAAAAUCAAAGGUGCAGAGAAAUGGUUGCUCAUUAAAACACAACAAUCCCGUAAACAGCCUUCUUCCCUUAUGCUUUUCCAAUUACUCCUCUGUCAGAAUGUCUUGUUCUCUGUAUUUCUACAAUUCAUUCUUAGGUGAAUUUACCCAAAGUCUUUUAAAAACAGCUGUGAGAGUAUCAGCAAGAACAUGCUUGUUGUGUAGACAGACUGUGUGUGUGUGUGUGUGUGUAAGCACAGGGUGGGGGUGAGACAUGUCUCUUACAGAUGUGAGAAAACGGCCAUGUCUCUGAGACUGAGUGUGUUGACGGUCUAAUUGGCAGAAUAGAAUUAUUGAGUUAGUCUGAAGUGAAUUGAAGGUAAUUUAAUGAGUAGAGUUAAAGGAGUGCUGACAGGGCGCGCAACUGUGGGAAAACAGGUUUCUACUCUCUCCACAGACACAAAAGACUGGAGUGUGUCUGCGUUUACAGCUCGCAAGGAUGUACAGUCGGGUGAACUCUCACUCGUACUCUCUCUCUUUCUCUCUCUUCAUUUGUUGGGGUUGCCAUGGUGAUGUGGGAGGCUUGUCUCGGCGGCCCAUAAUUUCCAGAGAGCCUGUCUGGAUGUGACACGUCCUUUUCAGCUGGGCAUUGUUUAGAUGCUGAUUUACGUGUGUUUGUUGCACUUUACCACCACCUCCUCCACACCUCCAGGUGGGCGGCAAACUUUCAAAGGAUCAAUACAUCCAGUAGAUGAUAAAGCAGCAUGCUGACGUGUUGUUCGGUUGACAGGUUUGAUUAAAUGAUUUGGAUACAAUUAGAAAGUCUUAAAUUGGAUUAGAACAAUUUUGCUAGAAAUGUUUGAAUCUUUUUCAUAAAUGAACUUGUCGUUAUGACUUUACCUAUGCUGCUUCUUUGCCUGUUUGGAGCAGUCCUUAUUUUCCCAACCAGCCCAUCCCUCUUCCCUCCCAGUAGGCGUUCCUACAACACAGAAGAGUCCAAUCACAGCCAAGCCCUUUACCCCAUCCCUCCGUGGUCAGCCUGUUAAGGACUUUUUUGUGUUCACAUGUUUUUUUCCUUCUCUUUUUACUUUUUUUUUUCUUCUACCCCUCAUUGAGCCACUUGAGCCUGGAGCAGAUGGAAAGAUUGUAGUGGGGGGAAAGUAAGCGAGCAACAGAGAAAGAGAGAGAAUUGGAAGAAGCCAUGCAGAGAUUGAGGCAGCCCAGCGACGAUGCUUGAUGAACUGAGCCACUGACCACCAGAAAGACUUUCUUCCACUUUGAUUUAACACCAGAGAGACCAAAGAAUCAGACAGGAAAACCCUGAGGAGAGACACUGACUCAUCGUCCCAGCUGACGGGCAACAAGGAGCCCAGGACGUGGGGAGAAAAAGAAAGAAAGAAAGAAAGAGCUAGAGAUAAGAAGAAAGAGGGGAGUUCUACAGAUGAGAGUUAAAGCAGAGAGGCAGAAGGAGAUGCUCAGAGGGACCAGAUAGUGAAGAGAAAAGUGAGACAAUUCACAGGAUUGCUGCAGGUGUUGUUGUCUUCAAAGACUGCUCAAAGAAAGGGUGACACACCAGGGUCACCCGAACAAAAGCUGCUGCAAGUAAAACAGGGAAAAGAAAAAGUGAGCCCAGGCAGAAGUAAAGAGACUAGAGCUAGAGAAGGAUGGCCAACUCAGGUCUCCAGUUGUUGGGUUAUUUCCUGGCAUUGGGUGGCUGGAUCGGCAUCAUCUCCACCACCGCUUUGCCCCAGUGGAAGCAGUCAUCGUACGCCGGUGAUGCCAUCAUCACAGCUGUGGGUCUGUAUGAGGGGCUGUGGAUGAGCUGCGCCUCGCAGAGCACAGGACAGGUGCAGUGCAAGAUCUUUGACUCCAUGCUCUCGCUGGACAUCCACAUCCAGACAUGUCGGGCCCUGAUGGUGGUGUCAGUACUGCUGGGCUUUAUCGGUAUGAUCGUCAGCGUGGUGGGCAUGAAGUGUACAAAGGUGGGAGAUAACAACCCGGCCACCAAGACCCGCAUCGCUGUGACUGGAGGAGCUCUCUUCCUUCUUGCAGGUCUAUGUACACUGGUGUCUGUGUCCUGGUAUGCCACUCAGGUGUCCUAUCAGUUCUUCAACCCAAAUACACCGCCCAACGCCAGGUAUGAGUUUGGCUCGGCCCUAUUUGUGGGCUGGGCGGCGGCCAGUCUGACAGUACUGGGCGGCUCCUUGCUGUGCUGCUCCUGCUCCAAAGACGACAUGAGAGGGCAGCAAUAUUAUCGCCAAUCACAGCCUUCCACAGCCAGGGAACCAAAUGUUAAAAGUACCCCACCAGAGAAAAGGGAGCAGUACUUGUAGUUUGGGAGAGUCUUCUGGCCUUACCAUGGUUUAGAUUCUGUCAACAGACAAAACCCUCUCACUGAGGAAUUCAAAACAGACAGACAUCAUUAAAGUCUAUCGAGAGUUUAUGAACAGCAACCUUUCAAGCAUAUUGCAGCAACAUAAAUUAGAGUCUUUGUUGAAGAGUAAGAAAUUGUUUGGGGGGUGGGGGGGGUUUGAUAAUAUGUGUUUAGAAAUAGUUGUUUCAGGGGGAUUAAGAAAGAUGUUAUCUUUGUCUUGUCUGUUUUGUUGACUUUGGGAGAGACAGUUAUUCAGGUUAUGUUUUCUAUAACAUGUUAAAAUGCCCGGGUGUAUAUACCACCUACUCUAUUCCUAUUCUUUUAUUUUUCUUUUUUUUUUACUACAUAUAUAAUGUUUUACUACAGUGCCUUAUAACACGUUUGUGCACAUGUAUGUUUUUGACUACAUGGAUUCUUUGUAGUAUCACAUCCUAUCUGAGGGAUGUGUGUCCAUAGUUCCUCUGCCAGCAGUUCAGUAUGCCUUUUUCUAUUGUUGGCAUUUUGUUGGAUUUCUGAAAAUGAAUGUGAAGCUACUCUACAGUACCACUUAUGAAACAACAGACAUACAUGUGAUAGGUCUUCAGCAUAAUGUCUUAUGCCACUCUUUGUAAGAAACUGCGUGCCUGUUUCCAAGUAGCCUGGAUUGAGGAUAUACCCAGUGCAUUCAUAUGAUUUGGUGUGAAUGACAGAGUCGUUGUAUUGUCGACUCUGAAGGAUGUACUGUACUGUGUGCUGUCUCUUGUACUAAGGAACGCCAGUUUUCUGAGUGUAAACAGUUCAAAAGCCCUUCUGAUGCCUGCAUUUAUUUACCAUGCCAUUCCUUUCUCUAAUAUUUACCUCCUCGAUGUUGUGUAUCAUCUCAUUUACAGUAUACCCCUGUCUGUUUCUUUUAGAAUAAAGUAAACAGAGACAUAAAAAUGGA